UUUGUUUGCAACUAUUAUUGGGUGGAAGCGGCAUGCAUGUGUUAGGUUUAAUUAAUUUUGAAAUGUAAAUUGUCCCUUUCCACGUAUUGGAAUUUGGGAUCUUGCGCAAUUAUUUUUUCCAAUUGGUCUCCUUUUUUCCAGCCUUUUCUAUCUUUAUUUAUCAUUGUUGAUUGAUUGAUUAGAUUUUGAAGUGUUUUCUGGAUGAUUAAACUGGAUUGAUUGUUGAUUGUAUAUAUUAUUGGUUGAAGCUGUGGUUCCUCAAAUGCUCGGGUUAACCAGAGCGCGAAAUCAAUCGAGAAACGGUAGAUCUUUGCAUGUUGCAGGCAUGGAUUUCGCUGAUCCAAAGCGGAAAGCUAAUGUCGUAGGUAAAAUAGUCGUAGCUGCUGGGUUAAUUGCAUUUUGCCUUAUUAUGAUCAAGCAGUUUCCAACUUUCAACAGCCCCAGCCAAUUUUCCCGCCGUGAAAUGGGUGUCACUCAUGUCCUGGUAACUGGGGGUGCUGGCUUUAUUGGAUCCCAUGCAGCACUAAGACUUCUAAAAGACUCCUAUCGUGUGACAAUUGUGGACAAUCUUUCUCGUGGGAACCUGGAUGCUGUUAAGAUUUUGCAACAAAUGUUUCCAGAACCAGGAAGACUUCAGUUUGUAUAUGCUGAUCUGGGAGAUGCUAAUGCUGUAAACAAACUUUUCUCAGAAAAUGCUUUUGAUGCUGUGAUGCAUUUCGCUGCUGUUGCUUAUGUUGGAGAGAGCACUCUUGACCCUCUUAGAAAGUACGGUAUCUAAUAGACCUGCACGCAGCACCCGGGUCACAAAAUGGGAAUGAACACCGUGCAACUAGAGAUGGAUCUCUUGAAUGGGCAAAAACUGAUGAAACUGUUCAACAAAGUGUUGAUGUUAUCGACUUCUUAGCUUCACGAUAUCUUGAUAACAAGAAAACUGCUGAAGAAACGGAGCAGCAAUUCUAGAAUUCUUCAGCCAUUGAUUACAGUUUGAAAGAUGGAGAGACCCUUGUUCUUCAGUUAAAAAGUAAGCUCGUUAUUUGUCUGUUUCCUCACUGAUUAAAUAAAUAAUUUGCUACUCGAAUGAAUGAUAAUCUGUUUAUGCUCAACAUUUUAUUGUUAGAAACCUAGUGGCAAUAUAAAGCUGAAAUCCUUUGAUGAGGGUGUGAACAACCUAUGAAUAACAGAUAAAAGUAAAGCUAAAGCUCCCUUGUUUUCUAUCAGAGCACCUCCUCCUCCACCAGGGGCGGACCUACAUGGACCUUGAGGGGACCAAAGGGACUCCCAUUUUCUGAAAAAAUAAACCAGGAAUCUAUAUAUUCUUGCUUAAUGUCCGCUCAAAAUAAUAAUAAAUUGGUGUAUCUUAGUGGUUAAUCUACUUGCUGUAACUCUAUCCUUUGAACGCAGAAGUCUUGUGUUCGAGUCCCGACCCUACACUCUUCAAAGCUAUUACACUCUUUCCCUUACCCGUGACCAUUCAUCUUCAUGGUUUCUUACUUUCUAAAAUGUUUUUGGCUUUAUUUUUUACUUUUACCAUUUUCUGAUGUUUUCAUGAUUUAUUUCUUGCUCUUCUCUUGUUUUUUUUUCUUCUGAUUUUAGUACCGUAUUUAUAUUUUAUAAUUGCUUAAUUUCAUUGCAUUUUUUAGGGGUCUAAUUAUAUAAUAACAAUAUGCCCCACAAGUAUUGAAAAAGAUGCAACUUUUUUUUAUACAAUAGUGUAGUUUUGUCAUUCUUUUUGUUAGUAAUUUGUAAUGAAUCAGAUUUCUUAUAACAUGUAAAAACUCAUCGUAUACACUCGUAAUAAUUUUUUUCUUGAGAUGAAUCGCUGUAAAUUAUUGUUUGGACUGAUAUAUUGAUUUCUAUUGCUCUUAAGACUACACACAAAUUCCUAAAUCUUCACUGCAUAAUUUUGUUAUGGAUAUUAAGAAAAUUUAUUACCUAACGUUCCCUAAUUCCCCUUAACAAAAGGGGUAAAAUAGAAGGAUAAGCAAUUUUGUUUUUUAAAAAAGUAAAAAGUUGGACCCCCAUUUCUAUAUUACUGAGUCCACCACAGUCCUCCACCACCAACCCUCUCACCAACUUCUUCUCCUAAAACUCCUAGAUCCCCAAGUUCUAAUCCUAAUAAAAUAUUCGAAGAGGAGAAAGAAGAUCCCAGUAAAGAGUAGGUUCAACCUGAUUUUAAUUUUAAGGAAAAUCAAAGUUCAGAAGAUACAACAGAUGAGGACUUUAGGGAUUUUCAAGCAGCUGGAUGGUUUUUUAACUUGUAUAAAUAAACUUCUGUUCAUAAAUGAAAUUUCUUUCGGACAAGGCUGGUGUACAUUGUGCAUGAUCAAGUCUAUGCUAUGCGAAUUUUUAAGGCAUGGCAACGUUCAGAAGGUGAGGAAAGGAGAAAAGAUUGAUAUUUACACAGAUGUGUGGUGAUGGUGAGUAGUUAAAUUGUUAACUUUUGGCUUAACCCAACUUUUUCGCUCGUUUAUGUGAUUGAUAGUUGAUAGACGACAUACAACGGGAAACAGGUACUGUAAUACCCAUAUUUUUAGGGAUUUUAUUAAUCAUUUUAUGCAUUUUUUUUAAUAUAUAUUUGAUAUUAAAUUAUUUUGGAGGGAAAAAUAUUCAAAUAUUUUGGAGGGAAAAUAUUCAAAUGUAAACAUUAUUUUCAAAACUGAAUUAAAUUAUAUUUUUCAUAUUUUAUUAAUUCCUAAUUCUAUUAGGAAUCAAUUUUGGAGAAAAAGAGUUUUAAUCAACUUAAAAUUAUUUUAUAAAUCCAAAAAUUACGUUUAGUAUUUUAUAAAAUCAGUUUUAUAUUAUAUGAUAUUUAUGAGAAUAUAUUUCGGAAUUUGUUUUGGAAAAAUAAGAUAAUUCUAUUUAAAAUUGGAUUUAAAGAGUUUUACCAAUUCAAAAUUCCCUAAAAAUCCGAAUUCUUUGAGAUAAAUUCUGAAAAUUUCAGGAUAAAUCUUAAUUAAUUAUUCAAGCCUCUGUUUAAAAUUUCGUGAUUUUAUCUUUUAUAUUUCUAUUUUAAACGAUUUUACUCUAAAUCGAAUAUCACCAAAAUCAUGACUAGAUUCAGAAUCCUAUCACAACUUGAACACCAACCACGGCCAUACCCCUUAGGGUUCCAUUAUAACCCUAACCCUAAUCCUACACCUAUAAAUACCCCCUACUUCAUUCAUAAUUCCUCACACCAAAAGUUGAGAGUUUUCCCAAGCCCGCUCUUAAACUUCUUCUCCCUCUUUGGCUCUAAACCUUCUUACCUAAAACCCUUACACAACCACCACGACACCCCCGCCGUGCACUCCUUGCCGCCGACGUCUACCUUUUGGUGUCGUGACUUCCACACCCCAAUUGUUUUCAAAGCCUUCUCUUUUACGGUCAGUUUUUACUAUUUAAAGUCUUCUAAAUUAAUGCCGUAAUUUUUAAAAAGUUUAUUUUUAAAACCAUAGUUCUAAAUUUUGAUUUAUAAUACUAUUAUUAUGCAUUCAUAACUCAUGAAUUAAAUUUAUGUCCAUUAGAUUUAUUUUUAUUAAUUUAAUUGUUUAAUCAUGAAUUAAUUAGGGUUUUAUUUAUUAAUUGUUAGGAACUCGUGAGUGAUCCGUAGUAUGAUCAAAUUUAUCUUUGUGUGAGGUAUUAUUUAAUCAAGUUUUCAGGAACUUGAUGUGAUGAUGUGACAUGCUUGCAUACGGGAUUAAUGGAGAGUUCACUAGUUAGGAUUUAUUUUUCUAAGUUGGUUUCAUUUGUGAGUUCAGAUUUUAGUAUUUUAAUUUCAAGGGUUUAUUCAAUAUACACUAUUACUAUUUCGAUUAUCAUUAUUCAAUAAAAAAAAAAAGUAUUGAGUUA